CGCCGCCAGGGAUCGUCAGGCCGAAGCGGCGCGGCCGAACGGGCGGCGGGCGGGUGGGGAGGGCUCGCGGCGCCCGGGCCGGUGGGGUCCGCCCGGCGGCAAGAGGAGGGAACGGCGCAGACAAAGAGCGGCGCCUGAGCGGGCGCAGCGCGGCCGCCGCCCCGGGACCCGCGCCUCUGCCCUCCGGCCUCGGCGAGAUUUCUUGUGUUUGCUUCGUCCGAGGGAUGUCCCAGAUCGUAAUGCUCUGCUGAGAUUCGAGUUGGGUUUAAUUUGGAGAAUUCUCGCCACAUGGUAACCUCAAACGUGUGAGCAGCUGGAAGAUUCGUCUUUCUGAAGAGUCCUGUGUUUUGCCAGUCACCUCUUGUUCACUGUGUGCCAAAGAAGGACUCCAUGAAAGAUGACAGAAGAAGUUAUUGUUAUCGCCAAGUGGGACUACACCGCUCAGCAGGACCAGGAGCUGGACAUCAAGAAAAACGAGCGCUUGUGGCUGCUGGACGACUCCAAGACGUGGUGGCGAGUGCGGAACGCGGCCAACAGAACGGGCUAUGUGCCAUCCAACUACGUGGAGCGCAAGAACAGCCUCAAGAAGGGCUCCCUCGUGAAGAACCUCAAGGACACGCUGGGAAACCGUCUGCUGAGGAAAUCCAAGAAGAGAAGAAAGGAAAGCUGCCUCGGUAAGACCCGCCGAAAGCCGAGCGCUCGCGAUGCAUCCCCGACGCCCAGCACGGAUGCCGAGUACCCUUCCAAUGGCAGCGGCGCCGACCGCAUCUACGACCUCAACAUCCCCGCCUUCGUCAAGUUCGCCUACGUGGCCGAGAGGGAGGAUGAGCUGUCACUGGUGAAGGGCUCACGGGUCACCGUCAUGGAGAAGUGCAGCGAUGGCUGGUGGCGCGGCAGCUACAACGGGCAGAUCGGCUGGUUCCCCUCCAACUAUGUGCUAGAGGAGGCGGAUGAGGCGGCGGCCGAGUCCCCCAGCUUCCUGAGCCUGCGCAAGGGUGCGUCCAUGAGCAAUGGCCAGGCCGCACGGGUGCUGCAUGUGGUACAGACACUGUACCCCUUCAGCUCGGUCACCGAGGAGGAGCUCAACUUCGAGAAGGGAGAGACCAUGGAGGUGAUCGAGAAACCCGAGAAUGACCCCGAGUGGUGGAAAUGCAAAAAUGCCCGGGGCCAAGUGGGGCUGGUGCCCAAAAACUACGUGGUGGUCCUGAGCGAUGGCCCGGCCCUGCACCCCUCGCACGCCCCACAGAUCAGCUACACAGGGCCGUCCUCCAGCGGGCGCUUUGCUGGCAGAGAGUGGUAUUACGGCAACGUGACGCGCCACCAGGCCGAGUGCGCACUCAACGAGCGGGGUGUGGAGGGGGACUUUCUCAUCAGGGACAGCGAGUCCUCGCCCAGCGACUUCUCCGUGUCUCUCAAAGCAUCAGGGAAGAACAAACACUUCAAGGUGCAGCUCGUGGACAAUGUGUAUUGCAUUGGGCAGCGGCGAUUCCACACCAUGGACGAGUUGGUGGAACACUACAAGAAGGCCCCCAUCUUCACCAGCGAGCACGGGGAGAAACUCUACCUCGUCAGAGCCCUGCAGUGAGGUCGUCCACCUUGGGCCCCCUGGGCCGUGCCACGCCCACCAGCUCCAGGCUCCAAGCUCUGGCUGCCCCUCACCGGCCUGGGCGCUGCGGGUCUCCGGAUGCAGCCAUCUUGCAGUUGUCGUCGCCUGCUGGAGGCCUGAGCUGCCCUGGAGCCCGGCCCCGCUCCGCUGCCUCUGUCUGGGCAAUCUUUCUGAUCUAGUUGGCCGUUGGGUUCGUUUCCUGUUUGCCACAAUCCCUCAGCCACACUCCAGCCCAGCCCCUUGGAGCUGUUGGAGGUGGAAGGGCCAAGUAGGUUUACUGUAUCCCUUUUGUUCCAGCUCACCGAAGCCCGGUGCACGCAGCAAGCUGUGUCUGGAGCCCCAGCCCCAGAGGUGCUCUCCCAGAGCCCUGGUUGGCAGUGGCCCUCCUAGCUGGACAAACAACCUGGGGCCAACGGGCGAGGGGGCGGUGAGGAAGCUGUCCAGUGCCUUGGGGCUGUGCUUGCAAUAAGAAUUUCCUCGACAGGCAGUCUGCAACCGAGGGAACUGGUUGGUGACUCAGAAAGACACACGUUUUGGUAAUUGACCCCGAAAUGUGCCAUCCACCUCGUGCUCUUUC